GUUAAUUCCUUUUGAAUCACAGAAAAUGCGGCUUGUGUGCUCCGUUCAAAUUUUCUGCUUUGGAGUCCGGAAUCCUUUGCAGACGGAGAAGGAUGGACCGAAGCAAAACUGUUCAUUUAACCGUGAAGAACAACGUUACCGAACGUGCCUGUGUGGCAUGGCGUAAACGUUUUUGGAAAUUAGCCUUCGCUUCACUUUUUUUAUGUGGUAUCAUAUCAUACAUUCAUUGGGGCGAUGUUCAAGUUUUUGGACGCCCUAAUGUGUGUUCCCUGACUGAUCCAGAGGUCUCGGAUAGUGCUCUCUUGAACGGAACAGCACGACGCAUUCAUGUGAAAGGAACGUCAAGACAUUUACCAUCAAUCAUCAUCAUUGGAGCGAAGAAGUGCGGAACAAGAGCUCUACUGGAGAUGAUGAAUUUGCAUCCGAGGAUCCGUAGAACCACUCGAGAAGUGCACUUCUUCGAUCGUGACGUUAAUUAUCUAAAUGGCCUUCCGUGGUAUCGCAAGAGAAUGCCUUUUUCUUUUCCGGAUCAGCUCACCGUGGAGAAAACUCCCGGAUACUUCGUUUCUCCUGAAGCACCUGUUCGUAUCCGCGCCAUGAACAAAGAUGUGAAACUUCUGCUGAUUGUUAGAGACCCCGUUAUACGGACAAUUUCGGAUUACACCCAGGUCGUCAUGACGCGAAAUCAGGAUGAAAACGAUCAAGCCGAAGAUUCAUUUCCGCAGUUCGAAGAUAUGGUGUUCGAUGUGAAUGGCGAGGUGGACACUUCGUACAAAGCAGUUCGGACAUCAAUUUAUGCACGCUUCUUUCCUACGUGGCUUGAAUAUUUCAAAAGAGAACAAAUCCAUGUGGUUGAUGGCGAAAAUCUGGUCACGAAUCCCUUCGAGGAAAUGCGGCGGGUGGAAAUCUUCUUGGGCGUGGAGCGCAUUUUAAAGCCCAGCAACUUUUGGUUUAGUGAGGAGAAAGGUUUCUACUGUCUGAGAAACGAAAAUGGUGACAAGUGUUUGGGACCAUCGAAGGGAAGGAAGCAUCCGAAUGUUUCGAAAGAAGUUGUUUCAAAGUUGCGCGUGUUUUACAGUCCGUUUAAUGUGAACUUUUCCAAAUUGGCCGACAUUAAUUUCACGUGGCUCGUAUCAGGAUUUUACUGCGACGAUGAGCAUUUGAAAGAAACUGCUGUUGUACCGAACACAAUUUCGGACGUUGUGUUGCUCGUUGUCUCAAUUUGCUCAAGUUCUCUGCUGUGGUACACGGUUGAGAAAAUAAUGAUGCGCUACGCCGCAGUAGCUGACGAGGAAUCUUCGGAACGUUUUAGCUGCCUUUGGCGCGCAAUUUGGCCGAGAUUAGUAUGUUUUCUGAGCAUUGUUUGGGCUGUGGUUUGUGGAGGAUCACGGAUCAAAGACAGACGUCAUCAUUGGUGGGAUGUCCUCACUGGUGCUGUUCUCGGAUUCGUUGUUGCCUUUUUCACGAUUUACGUCGAUCCGCACAGAUCGUGGAGCCACGAGUACGAAUACCCGCAGAAAAGCGAAGAAGUUUACAAAGAAUUGUCGAGGAAAAAAACGGAUGACAAACGGAGGAAUGAAAAAGAGCUGAAGUUGAUUGCGUCGUCGAGCUCGAAUUUGGUGUGCAGCUAA